UAGCGCAUCCGGUCUAGGGAAUUCGACCCCGUGGGGGGUGGGGGGUAUGGAGCACGCGGCCACGUUGAUGAUACGCGUGUGGGUUUUGUAACUUUAAAGAGUUUAUCUACAAUAGAGUUUGGUAUCUUUUUUGUUGUUGUUUGUGUAAUUUGAUCGCGUAAAUAUAAGUGCGUCGUUAGACCCGCCACCGCUCGUGCCCAAUUCGUGACUGGUACAGCGUCAAGACCGGUGCGUUGGAGAGUACGUCCACGGCAUUUCUCAAUCUAAACCCAGUUUAAAGUGUUUAUUCUUGCUCGAUGUAAAAUUGCACGUUUCCAUAGCCUUGGUAUUUACGUCAAAUUGUUGACGCAGAGGGAAGGAAAAUAGGGAAAAGCGGCAACGUGCUACAUGAGAAGUGCGUGACGUCAUUUAUGGACUGCCCCCAAACCGUAUGUCAACCACCAGCCCGCCACCAUGACUGCGGUGGAGACGCGGCUGUGCGAGCUGCUACUGCGUGAGCACUUUGGAGAGUUGGUAUCACGGGCCGGCACUCACCUGGUGCACAUGGGACCGCAGCCGCUGCGCCUUGUUGCCCUUGGCACGGGCCUCAACCUGGACCAGGUGAAGAAGGCGCUGUGCGUGCUGCUGCAGCACGGGAUGGCGUCGUUCAAAACGGGGAAGCGUGGCGUGAGCGGUCCCACCUGGGUGGAGUACACAGCGGAUUGCGCUGCAAUGCUACGCAUGCUGCGCUACACGCGCUACGUGUACUGCGCCAAGACACUGUACGGCGACGCGGGUGAACUGCUGAUCGAGGAGACACUGCAGCAUGGGCAGCUCACAAUGAGCGCCGCCGUGCGCCGUGUUGCCGACCGCAUGGCCAGCACCGCUGACGAAGGCAAGACGGUGGAGUACAGCGACGUAGCUGCGGCAUUCACAAACCUGGUGAACACGCACUUCCUGCAACGGUGCCUGUCGGGGAAGGAGGAAGGGGAGAGUGAGGGUGCCCGCCCAGAGGCUGCCCCCAUGCUGGUCUCCAACGAGAAGGACAUGUACACUGUGCCCAAGAUUCCCCUAAUCGGGCAUGGGAAACGGCGUCUCUCAGCUGACAGUGACGAUUUGGAUGCACACCCGGCGAAAAAGAGGAAAGUCGAGGAGUCACUUCCUGAUGAUGGAAUCUAUUGGAGAGUCAACUUUGAACGUUUCCACCAGCAUUUCCACAACCAGGCCAUCGUCAGUGCCGUGGCCAGCAAAAUGGACAAGACAGCAGGCGAGAUCGUGAGGACCAUGCUGCGGAUGAGUGAGUUGACGACGCCACCCAACGCGGCCUUCACCCAGCUGCUCGCAUCAACCGAGAUUUUCCGGUCCCUCCCACCGGAGUAUGGCAUGACUAAGCCAGUGUUGGACCAGUAUCUGAGUCUGCUGGCAGAUGAUCCGAUGGAGUUUGUGACCAAGUCUGGCGAGAGUGGAGGUGGAACAUUCAUUGUUAAUUUACUCAAAUCUCUGAAAACCAUGGCCCGAUGUACGUUGGAAUCGAUCGUGCAAGAAAGGUUUGGUUCCCGGGCAGCGCGCAUCUUCCGUCUGCUCUUGCAAAAGCGGCAUCUGGAACAGAAGCAAGUUGAAGACUUCGCCAUGAUUCCGGCCAAGGAGGCCAAGGAGAUGCUAUACACGAUGGUCUCGCAGAACUUUGUCACUCUACAGGAGAUCCCCAAGGCGGCGGACUACGCGCCUGCGCGCACGUUCUACCUGUACACGGUGAACGUGGAACAGACGGCGCGGUUCAUCUUGCAGAGGUGCUACAAGACCGUGACGAAUCUUAUCGCAAGACGGCACCAUGAAACUAAAGAGAACAAACGCCUCUUGGAGAAGGCCCAGCGCAUCGAGGCGAUCCUAGCAUCGGUGCAGGCGUCUGGUGCCGACGAGGCCCAGCUUCAGGAGAUCGAGGAGAUGAUCACAGCCACCGAGCGCCAGCAGCUGGAAAAUCUCAAGCGCACCGUCAACAAGCUCGAUAAGAGUGAGAUGCAGGUGGACGAGACCGUCUUCCUGCUGGAGACCUUCCUGCAGGCAUCACGGCCGCAGUGACCACUACGCACUCCAGGACCCGUGCCGUCUCAAGCCCACGCAUCGACUCCUGCAGCUGAGAAGUGGACAAUUCUGUCAACACGUGUUGUAACAUUUACGAAGGCCAACAGAAUCUCAUUGAACACCCAAUACGUCUUGCUGCACGUUGCACCUGCUCAAUAAUAUCUGUUGGAAAAAAAAGGACACAAAGGUAGUAUUCUGAAGUUUGCGACGCUUCCACCGAGAGACUUAAUUCAGGCAAACCCAGCUGACUGAUGGUUUGUUUGAGUUUGGGAGUUUCUGUAAAAGUCUUACAAAAUUCUGAAAUUUACACUCCCGUGGGCUGAUAUUUGCCAGGAAGCAUGCACGGCCCCACGCCCUUCCUGCCGCGCUGCAAUAUUUGCUUUGGAGGACCCCGCUAAGGCCCGCGGUGGUACUGCUCACGGCCCGCAUCCCGCUCGACGCCCCCUUGAGUGCCAUCUUAAAAAUAGGAAAGUGGCAAUGUUUGAUUUAAUUUUUUUAUUAAUGUAAAUAGGUGGUGUUGGCAGGGGUGGAGGAACGCUUUGGCACCGUUUCCCGGCCAAACUCAUUUGUUUUUUGUUCAUGUUUUAGUCUUGAGUCGUCACAUCGCAAAAUGCGGUCUCUCACAAGUCACGCUCGUUUGCCUUUCCCUCUGUGUAUCUGCUCUAAAGAAAGGCCAUUGUCCACUCUGUUAGCUUACCAUUUUCUCAGUUGAAAAAGCAUCUUUAACGAUAACUGCGGUGUAAUAUUUCAGGGCUGGUACUGUGUGACAGGUGUUGGUUGCGUUCGCGGCCAUGGCAGCAUUUGUGAAAAUUGUACAACCGAACAAAGCAUAGCCCUGAAUUGUUUUUUUUGUUCACAUUCAACUGGGCAUGUGCUUCUCGUCCGAAAGUGGAGUCUACAAUUUGAAUUUACGCAGCGUACAAAAUAAUGUUGGCCAGUGGUUGAAACAAAUAACAGUGUGGCAGCGAAAGGAGUGAACACAUACUGUACACCACAGAAGUGGAGCAAUGAAUGGCUCGUGUACAGGCUCGAUGGAUUGUUGCAUCAUGAGACCAUGAGAGAUGGUGAUAGCUUAGGGAUUCCUUAAUCCAGCAGUGGACAGGUUCACGGCUGCUUGCUGGUGAUUGGUAUAUCAUGUAGCUCUCAACAUUUCAGGUUGAACUUUGUUGAUAAUUUAAUGGUACACUUGAACAGAAACUUUCCUGCCCAUGGUGGAAGAAAAAAAACCCAAAAUGUUUCCUGUUACUUUUUGCGAAUAAAACUGAAAAUACGUUAAUUAAA